UGUCAUUUCAUGCUCAUUCUCUCUUAAUGUCUUCACUUCCAUAGUCCUUGUGCAAUCACCAUUUCAACUUUGCACACAUUAAACCUGAUUAAACAAUGGCUGAAAACAAUGUCCCGGCGGCAUCUCUUCGCUUUCUCUUACUUGGCGACGUUGGAGUUGGGAAAUCAACCUUCAUCAGCACCCUCGCUUCAACCCUUUCUGCUGUUCAUGCAAAUGACCUUAUCGAAGAGUACAUCCCUGCACCUCUUUCCUCUUCCACCCCCGCACCUUCUGCAAUUCGUCUGAAUGGCGUUCACAUCGGUGCGGGAUCUGUUCUCCAGGACGACGGCUCUUCCCCUUUUGACGAUCCUUUAGGUCUGUUACCACCAAAGGUAGAGGUCCCUUCGAGAGACCUAACAUUCCUCAGUCUGCCAGGAUAUUCAUCCACCACCAACCCUUCGACAAUCCUUUCUCUGACGGAUGAUUAUCUUAAUCAUCAUCUUCAUUCAGUGACUUCUAUUUUCUCACCAUCUAUUCCCUCUGCACAACUGGCAUGGUUUUUGAUCGCAGGCUCGGGUGCUCAUUCGCUCCCGACUUGUGCGUUCUACUUUGUGCUCUAUGAACUCAAACCAAUUGAUAUCAUAUACAUGAAAAUGAUCCAUGAGCGUAUCAACUUGAUUCCCAUCAUUGCUAAAGCCGACACAGUCUCAAAGAAUGAACUUUGGGUCCUAAAGAAGAGGAUGCUCCGUCAACUAAAGAUGAAUGGUAUCAAGAUCCAUACCUUUGGGUUAGACAUGGAGACAAUUGAGAAGAUGACUCAGCAGCGACAAUGGGGCGCACCUCCCUUCGUUGUCAGCACUCGUGAAGACAGCGAGGGUCAACUUUUGGAAAGUGAGCUGAAACUGCUGAUUGACUUGUGUUUGUACAAACGUAUCAGACACCUACAGGAGGACGCCGCACGAAAAGUAAUUGCUUGGAAACGAACAAUUGAACAAACAGGAAGACAAACAAAAACAAAUGUGGAAAAAGUCUGGGAGAGAGGGGUUGCAAACACAAAGGACACAAAAACCAACCAUGCGAAUGGCUUUACGACAAAUACCACUCCAGUUGCUGCUGUGGCGACUGUCAAUGCGAGCACCUUUGUGAACAACCACAGCAACGGCUCAUAUUUUACUCAAGCCGACAUGCUCCCUUCGGUCUCCAGCCCUGUAAACCAGAUCAUCCCUGGACAAUAUGCGCCCCCUCCCUCUGUUCAACAGCAACAGCAGCAGGUCCUGACCCCGCCCACGCCUGCGCCACAAAUUAACGGCCAACUAGCAUCCCCAAUCAACCUGCCUUUCACCCCACCUCCGUCUGGUAACUCUUCUAGUCUUGAUAAGACCGACGUUUCUACCAACUUUGGGUUAUCUCUCACUGGCUAUGCACCUCCACCAAGCUUUAACAACGGAGCGACUACAGGAUACAGUGCGCCUCCUUCCUCCUUUAAUAAACCAGCAUCUCUGGGGGCCGUAUCAUCAGCGUAUCCAGUUCCUGGGACUGCGGCAGUUAUUCCCCCUCCUCCUUCAUCAUCUCACGCUCACCCUAGUCAGUACACCGCUACUACAAUAUACUCACCUCUCCCAAAGACAACAUCCGCCAACUCGGUAGUUAAUGCAAUUACUCCACCCAUUCAGUCGCGUCUGCCCCUUGGGCAUACCGUCACUGGUUUAUCUGUCGACAACUCAACACGCCCAACUGAACUUACUGGGGAGAAUGUCCAGGAGACGGUACCAGAUGCCCGGCGAUCGUUCAUGGAGAGUUAUACGCCAAAGGCUACGGGUGCAGCGGAUGGUGUACAUUCCUCGCCUACACUGGAAGCGGCUUCCAGUGCUUCUGCUGGCGCUGAAGAUAGGAUAGAGGUCAAAGUAGAGAUUCCAAAUUCGGGAAGUUCGUACCAGCCAUCAGCACAGGAUUCUAUAACAGACUUUAGCAAGCAACUGCCUCCAACACCACAACUACAACAGACUUCAUUCCUCUUGCCAGGAGGCUUCCAGCCAGCUGGAGCUUUCCUUAUUCCUCCACAUGACCUUUACCAGGCGACGCUCAUGCCAACUGUUAUUGGGGCAGCAGGAACGAACGAAUAUGGCGAGGCCUAUCCAGACAUUUGGGAAGCAGUUGAGCUUGGGGAUGUGGCCACUGUUCAGAUGCACCUCAACAAUGGUGUUUCACCAGAUCUUCGCAACACUACCCGCUCCACAUUAUUACACAGGACUGCAUGGCAAGGGGUGAAGCCGUUUGCGGUGAUGAAGUUACUCAUCUCUUAUGGUGCAAAUGUCAACCUGACGAACGAGAAUGGGAACACGGUUUUGCAAAAUGUAUUGAUGAAGCAUGAUGAUGUAGGGCUGGUCAAGUUGUUACUCGACAAUGGUGCAGAGACUAUGAUCCCCAAUAAGGAAGGGAUGAAUGCUCUUGAGGUGACAGCGUUGUUCAACAAGGUGGAGUUGGCACGCUAUUUAUUAGAGAAUGAUUUAUCGUCCUCGGAACCGCAGAGUAUCAUUAAUGCAAUGCAACGUGUGCGUAGUCCAGAUAAGAGGGCCAUGAGGGUCCUUCUCAAGAGCUGGCAAGGCAAGGACGGAGAGAAAAAGCGGUUGGAGCUGAUGGAGAGGUUGAGGAAUCCGCCGUCCAGUCAUGGAAGCCAUCAAUCACAACAACAUAGUCAGCAUCAACAACAGAGAUCUAGUGAUGCUGCCAGUGUGCGCAGUUUUGAGACGACCAAAGGAGACGGAAAGUCUAGCAAGUGGUUAAAACUAAAGUUUUAGGAUAGUUUACAGUAAUGAGUUAUGCCCCAUACUAUCAUAUUCUUUCUAAUGAUGAUAACACGUUUAAUGAGCAUUUUUAAAAGUCAAAUUAAAAAAUAAAAAAGUAAAAUGUGAU